AUGAAAAGUGGCAGCCCUGAGCCCGGCCCUGGCGUGCUCUACGUGAGCGAGGCGGCGCCACGCGACAGCUUCGUGGCGCUGGUCAGCACCUGGGACCGCGACUCGGGCGCCAACGGGCAGGUGCGCUGCACGCUGCACGGCCACGAGCACUUUGCGCUGCGGCGCGCCUACGGCGACAGCUACGUGCUGGUGACGGCGGCCGCGCUGGACCGUGAGCACCUGCCCGAGUACAACCUCACGCUGGUGGCCGAGGACCUGGGCACGCCGCCCUUCCGCACAGUGCGGCCCUACACUGUGCGCCUGCGCGACGAGAACGACAAUGCGCCGCUCUUCGCCCCGCCGCCCCUUGGCCGCGUGGCUGUGCCCGAGAACAACCCCCCCGGCGCCUACCUUGCCACUGUGCUGGCCCGCGACCCCGACCUGGGCCCUAACGGUAAGGUCACCUACCGCCUGCUCGAGGCCCAAGUCGCUGGUGCCCCUAUCUCCGCUUACGUCUCUCUUGACCCCACCACCGGUGUCUUGCGGGCCCUCUGCACCCUGGACUACGAGGCACUGCAGGUGCUGGAGCUGGAGGUGGAAGCCUGCGAUGCGGGCACCCCCACAUGGUGCAGCCAGAGCCAUGUGCAUGUUCAUGUGCCGGAUGGUAAUGACCAUGCUCCGGAGAUUGUGGCCCCGCCACUGGUCAACAGCUCUGCUGAGCUGCCUCUGCCAUGCCACGCCCCACCAGGCUUUCUGAUUGCCCAUAUUGCUGCCCAGGAUGAGGAUGAAGGACCCAAUGCAGAGCUGUCCUACUCCAUUGUGGCUGUUGCCCAUGACCCCUUUGCACUGCAUGAGCACACUGGGGUGCUGUGGCUGCGCCGCAGGCUGCGGGGUGGAGAGGUGCAGGCAGCACUCCCACUUGUCAUUAUGGUGCAGGAUGGUGGGCGGCCAACCCUAUCCUGCACUGCCACCCUCCAGCUCAUCCCCACUGAUGUGCUGCCCUCCAGAGUGGAGACUGUGGUGCCACAGCUCCUGGCAGAGGAGCAGCCCCCACAACCUGGUUUGGACCCCUUCAUGGUCUUCAUUGUGGUGCUGGCUGGUGGCUGCUGCCUGCUGCUGGCUGCAAUCAUUGGUGUAGUCUCCACCUGUGGGAAGAGUGUGAGUGGCUGCAAAGGGAGGCCCCGAGAGCAAAUGAGAGACCUGGAGGGCAGGUGGCUAAAAGGUCUGGACCCCCUGGCAGGGAGUCCCUCUGCUGGCCACCAGGUGGACUUCUGCCAACUCGCCGUCAGCCCUGGGGUUGAGCACCCCUUUGAUGAUCCCUGCUCGGAGGAUGGCAGCUGCGAGUCCUUGUGUCAUUCCACCCAGGAGAGGAAAGGGACCGUUGACUCCCAGGAUCAAGUCCUUAUUUCUUCUCAUUCUUCACAUACUUGCAAGGAGGGUUUAUCUGCUUCAAGUUUAAGUGCUCAUUCAACUCCAGAUCAGUUUAGUGUGAAGGACAGUGGGAAGGGAGACAGCGAGUUUAAUGACAGUGAUUCUGACGUCAGUGGAGAGGGGCUGAAGAAGACCCCUUCACAGAUCACGGAGAAGCAACUUGUACUGUGGCCUGUGAAGGUAGAAGGGCUUGCAAGGAUGCAGAAGAAUACUGUAGUUCUUAUACCUACCAGCUCCAGGAAAGCAAAAUGCUUCCUUCACGUUACAGAAAUGGUUAUAUGAUUAUACAUUUUUCAACACCCCUUUAUCAGUCCAUUCCUCACCUCCAGAAGCCUAGCUUUCUUUCACAGCACCCAGACCUGAAGGAGUGUUAUUAUCCAGUCAGUAUCUCUAAAACUGAAAGGCUGCAGAGUGUUUGUGAAAGAGUACUAAGUGGUAACUUGUCAUCUAUGCUCUCUGGACAGUAUGAAGGAUUGAAUCGCCCUUCGCAGAACAUUUUGCCCUUAAAUGCUUCAGAAGUGGCAACAUCAUUCUGAAAUAUUAUUGGACAGACAUGAGAGUAUUGCGAAUGUACUAAAUAUGUAAAUGAAAUCUAACUCUUCUACCCUCUUCCCCUAUCAAAUCAAAUCUCCUUUAACUAUGGCAAAAACAAUCAAUGUGUAGACACAUCAUCCUACCAAAUUUAUCGGCUAUAUUUUACCAAAGAGUCUUAAUUAAAACUGUAUUAAAAUGUGUAGUUAUGGCUGCUAAAAAUGAUAAAAGCA